GUCUCUCGCGUUCUCCGUUAAGAAAGCAAUUCGCAGUCUUGAAAUGACGCAGAGCUCGAAGUCGCCCGUUGUUGAUGUUCAUAGCCACCUAUAUCCUAACCUCUAUAUCGACCUCCUCAGAGACCGCACAGAAGUUCCAUGCGUUCGAUCAAACCCAGACACAAACGAGCUCCGGCUCGUCAACCGAGCGGGUGAGAAUGGCAAGCCCAUGACCCCUCUGCUAUACGACAUUUCCACAAAAAUUGCGUUUAUGGACGAGCACGGAAUCGACAUAUCGGUCCUCUCACUUGGCAAUCCAUGGCUCGACUUUCUUCCGUCAGAGACGGCCGGGGAUGUGGCCAAAACGAUAAAUGACUCCACAAAUGAGCUUUGCAAGACUUACCCAGGUCGGCUAUUCUUCUUUGCAGCGCUUCCUUUGAGUGCACCGACGAAUGUGAUUGUUGCGGAGAUCUUUCGGCUCCAAGCUGCUUCCCAUGUGCGAGGCAUUAUCCUAGGACCCGGAGGCCUCGGGGAGGGUCUGGACGAUGAAAAACUCGUCCCAGUCUUCCAAGCAGCGGAAGAGAUAUGCAUGCCAGUAUUCUUACAUCCGCAUCACGGACUGCCAUCUUCGGUAUGGGGCCCAUGUUGUGGCUCCUAUGGCCAGGUACCCGCUGUGUCUCUUGGAUUCCCAAUGGAGACCACCAUUGGCCUUGUACGGAUGAUACUGGCUGGUAUCUUCGAGAAAGUCCCCAAUCUUCAGAUUAUUGUGUCUCACGCUGGGGGUACGCUGCCGUUCCUCGCGGGUCGAAUCGAGAGCUGCAUCGAGCAUGACAGGGUGUUGGCGGCGGAAGGGAAGCUGAAGUCAGAUCGCAGGACUGUGUGGGAUAUUUUAAAGAACAACCUAUAUCUGAAUUCUGUUAUUUUUGACAAGAUUGGUUUGAAGGCAGCCAUUGAAGCCAGCGGAGUAGACAGAGUCAUGUUUGGCACCGAUCAUCCUCUGUUUCCGCCAGCUAGUGUCAAGACGAAUGUCAAGGCGGUUGGAGAUACCUCCGGAGGGACGGACGAAUACGAUAUGAUCAUGGGAGGGAAUGCUGCGAGAGUUUUGCGAUUAUUUUGAGACGGUCAGGGGUGCUCCAGCGCAUUACUUCAAUGUGAAUUGAAUGUGGGUGGAUUGGACGGGUUCUCUAGCUCGUAGGCAACUCAGUCACCAUAUCAGAGCAACUAUGCCGUAGCGAAGAAGCGAGAGCCGGGUAGCGUCCUGGGUAGUACUGGAU